GCCAGAACAAUGUCAAUUACUUGGUAGUUAUUAGAUAUAUUCCUCUAUUGUGCCCCUAACCCGGCUAUCCAUACAUCCAAAAGAAGGGUCGUACCUGGGUUAACCGGAUGUAAUAGAUAGCUUGCACAGUCGCAUGGUCCGAUCGAGGGAGGUGGCCUCUUCCCCCCUCGUAUAAUGGACCUUUGAAGUUUGAACCCAAUAUUUAUUAUAUACUUAGUUACCAGAAUAACAAGAACUUUUUACUUUUCUUCUCCUAUUAACCUCUUCCUAAGAAUACCUACCUAGCCCCACCGAACAAAAGAUUGCCCUUGAAGGUGAACAUGAGUGGUAUCAUGGAUUCUAAAAGACCCAAUAUCAUUUUCAUCAUGGCCGAUGAUCAUGCUUCUAAAGCAAUAAGUUGCUAUGGAGCUGGUAUCAACCAUACUCCAAAUAUUGACAGACUAGCUUCUGAGGGCAUGAAAUUCAACCAUUGUUAUGUGACGAACUCGAUUUGUACGCCCUCACGUGCGGCCAUCCUAACGGGCACGCACAACCACGUCAAUGGGGUGAUGACCCUGAAUGAUAACAUCAACAAGCACUUGCCUAAUGUCGCUAAGCACCUCCGGACCGGGGGCUACAGGACUGGUAUGGUCGGAAAAUGGCACAUGGGAGAAGGUCCAGCACAUGAACCUACCGGGUUUGACUACUGGUCUGUCCUACCCGGCCAAGGAGACUACUGGGAUCCUGAAUUCAUCGAGCCUCAAGGCGAGAAUAUCGAAUCGGGGUACGUAACAGACAUCAUAACAGAUAAAUGUCUGAACUUCAUAACCGAGACUCGCAAUGCCGAUAAACCUUUCUUCGUUAUGUGUCACCACAAGGCCCCCCACCGGUCUUGGGAAUGCGAUGAUAAGCACAAACAUUUAUAUGCCGAUACACCGAUUCGGGUGCCGGAAACGUUCACAGACGACUAUAAGAAUCGGGCCAAGGCGGCGAAAGUGGCUAAGAUGCGCGUCGCAGAGGAUCUGACAUAUCAAGAUCUUGGGCUUGUGCAGCCGGAUGGCGGAAGCCGUGUGGGCGAACGAGUAGUCCAAGAGUCUGGCUCGAGCCAACGGAAGAUUCCAGUUGAUGUGACAAGGUUGAUUGAUAAAGACGACGGCGCCAUUUUUACGUUUAACAGCAAGGGCGAGCUGGCCGAGUUCAAAUUUCAGCGCUACAUGCAGCGAUAUCUUCGCGUUAUCCAAUCAGUCGAUGAUAACGUCGGGCGGAUGCUAGAUUAUCUCGAUCGGAACGGGCUUGCGGACAACACUAUCGUCAUAUACACAUCGGAUCAAGGAUUUUUCCUAGGAGAGCACGGUUGGUUUGAUAAGCGUUUUAUGUACGAAGAAUCUUUCCAGAUGCCAUUCUUGAUCAAGUAUCCCGCCGAAAUUGCCAAGGGAUCCGUAUGUGAUGACAUCAUCUGUAAUGUCGAUUUCGCGCCGACGUGGCUUGAUUUCGCUCAACUCCCGAUGCCCAACUAUAUGCAGGGAGUGUCAUUCCGCUCGCUGCUGCGAGGAGAGACACCGACAGACUGGCAACAGGUCGCGUACCACCGUUACUGGAUGCACAACGACAUCAUCCACGAGGCGAGAGCGCACUACGGUGUGCGCGAUCAAAGAUAUAAAUUAAUCUAUUGGUAUAACGAGCAUCUGGGGGUGGCUGGAGCAAGACCCGGGGCAGAAAAUGAGAAGGAAUGGGAGCUAUUCGACUGCGAACGCGACCCUCUGGAGUUAUUCAACGUUUACAAUGAACCGGAGUAUGAGCAGGUCAUCAAGGAUAUGACGCGCAUGCUAGAGAGGAAGAUGCAAGAAAUUGGUGAUGAGCCGGUUCACCCGACAAACAGGUUAUAGAUGAUGGAUGAGAGAAGAUGAA